ACUCUAAAUCCUGAGAGGAGUAUCAGAGGUGCAGAGCUCCUCUGUCUGUGCCUCCUUAUGGCUAUGGUUUAACUCCUCAGCGUUUGUUUGGGCUUCAAGCUUUUUGUCCUAAGUUUCCAGAAAUCAGUUUUAGGGCAAUUCUGGGACCGAGCACAGCCGGAGGAUUGGAAGAUAAAGGGAAGGGGGAGGAGUUUUUCUUCUCUUCCUAGCUCUAAUACACUUUACCUUGAUAAGAUCAGACACACAGAGCCAACCGUCUGCAGGAUUUUAUCUCUACAAAAAGGCUCAGCUGCUCAGGGAGAGGUCACAAUGCCGACGGUGAAGAGCAAGAAGAAGAAAGCGAAGAAGGAGGCGGCCGAUGCGGAGGAGCAGGACGAAGUGGGGCUGGAGGUGGAGAUGGAGAACCUGGCCAACAGGAGCAACUCUGACAGCAGAGACCAUCUGACCCCAGAUCUGCACGACACGGCUCCGCACAAGAAGAAGAAAAAGAAGAAGGCACCGACUCUUGACCAGGAAACAGAACAUGGGGAUGUACCAAAUGGCAAUAUGGUCGAGGUGGUCGGGGAAGGAGAGGAAAUGACCGUUUCAGUCACCAGGAAGACAAAAAAGAAGAGGAAGGCAAAGGCCACAGAGCACUACAGCCAUGAGCUGGAAGCUGAAGACGAGGAUAUCAUCACUGACGCUCAGUCACCCAUUCCUCAGCAUUCCCUGUUCUCCGCCCCGCACGGACACAGUCAGCCCGCCGGCAAAGUGUUUGUGGAGAGGAACAGGCGUUUGCAGGCGGAUCGAGUGGAGCAGCUCAGACACUCGGAGCUGACGGACGACUACAUGGACCCCAGGCAGCUCUGGACCACAAGGGACGUCGCUUUGAAGGUUCACAAUAGCUUCAGGGUGGUUGGCCUGUUCUCUCAUGGCUUCCUGGCUGGCUUCGCGGUGUGGAACAUCAUCGUCAUGUACGUGCUGGCCGGCGAGCAGAUGACCACGCUGCACAACCUGCUGCAGCAGUAUCACCCUCUGGCCUACCCGGCUCAGUCGCUGCUCUACUUGCUGCUGGCCAUCAGCACCGUGUCUGCAUUCGACAGGGUCAACCUAGCCAAGACGUCCAUGGCCCUGAGAGGGUUCCUCACCCUGGAUCCUGUUGCUGUGGCUUCGUUCUUGUAUUUCAUAGCCCUGAUACUGUCCCUCAGCCAGCAGAUGACCAGCGACCGCAUCAACCUUUACCCUGCUGCCAAUGAGACCCUGUGGCCUCCAGGCUCAGAGCAGCAGAUAUUACAGCCGUGGAUCGUGGUCAAUCUGGUGGUGGCGCUGUUGGUGGGCGUGGCUUGGGCAGUUGUGUCCACACGGCCGGACAUCGACUACACAGAAGAAUUUUUGAUGACGAUGGAGUUGGAGGGAUUCCAGAGAGGAGAUGAAAACCUGGACAUGCCUGCCUAAAACCAGUCGAGUUGAAUAUCUGGUGUUGGACGAUCACUUGGUUGCUGGGUGUGGGAUUUUGCACAAGUACAUAUGUACCACUUGUUUAUUAAAUGUUAUUUUGUAAAUAAAUAAAUACGUUUAAGUACA